AUGCGUAGGCGUAGGCCAAUCGCAGAAUCGCUAGCCAGGGCUGUUGCGUAUCGUGCACCGCCAGGCGCUGAGGAACGCUCAAGCCUGCGCGCACAACGUACGUGCUCGCCCGACCGCGUGCGUACCCGGCUCCUGUCAUCGGUCGCACGAGGUCUUUGCGCACGCCCAGACAACGCCCACGCAUGGCAACGAAUUGUCGGCGGAUGCACCAACGUGCUAGUUUUGGGGGAGAGUGGGGAGCUUGGGCUUGAGAUUUGGGCAGGCUAUUUUUGCUCUUGCUUCAUUACUCUCAGUGUGUAUGAAUACUGGGUUCUACAAUUACUCUGCCUUUUGCUUCUUGGUCACAAUUAUGGGCUUGGUGAUCCCUUGGAGCUUAACCUUGGCUAUGGUAGAUAUUUUGUCGGUUUACAUCAGACCUUCAUUUCAGCUGCCCGGGAUGCUAUCUUUCGUUGUGAUUGGAGAUUGGGUUGUGUCGAUAUUGUCGCUAGCUGCAUCUUGCUCGGCCGCCAGUGUAGCAGAAUUUUUGCUUGCUUCAGGCGGCUCUUUUUGCUCGGAAAACCUAUGCACGAGAUAUCGAGUGGCGGCAGCCAUGGGUUUACUGUAUUGGUUCUUGUUGUUACCUUCCAUUUUCAUCAAUCUUUGGACUCUUACUUGCAUGUAGUGCAUCAAUAUGGCCAUGAGAUGAGGGCAUUG